AUGUCCAAGCCGGCCGAGGCUCCAGCUGCAGCUGCAGCCGUGGAGGAGGCGAAAGCAGAGGCCGCGGUGGCGUUGGAGGUCGCCGUCCUUCCCCGGGCCCCCGCUGAAAGGCGGCGAAGCCGGCUGAGGCAGCAGCAGCGACCAUGCACGGAGGAGGCCAAGACAGCCGAGGCCGCCGCUCCAGCGGCCGAGGAGGCGAAGCCCGCCGAGGCUGCGGCCGAGGUGGCGAACCCAGCUGAGGCACCAGCGGCAGCCGCUCUGGAGGCGAAGCCGGCUGUGGCACCAGCGGCACCAGCGGAGGAAGCGAAGCCAGCAGAUGCCGCGGCCGAGGAGGCGAAGCCGGCGAAGCCGGCUGAGGAACCAGCGGCAGCUGCCGAGGAAGCGAAGCCAGCUAAGGCACUGGCGGCAGCAGCCGAGGUGGCGAACCCAGCUGAGGCACCAGCGGCAGCGGCUGGGGAGGCGAAGCCAGCUGAGGCACCAGCGGCAGUUGCCGAGGAGGCGCAGCCAGCGGAUACUGCGGCCGAGGAGGCGAAGCCAGCUGGGGCACCAACGGCAGCCGCUCCCGAGGCGAAGCCGGCUGAGGAACCAGCGGCAGCUGCCGAGGAAGCGAUGCCAGCUGAGGCACUGGCGGCAGCAGCCGAGGUGGCGAAGCCUGCCGAGGCGCCGCAGGCAGCCGCCGAGGAGGCGAAGCCGGCUGAGGCACCAGCGUCAGCCGCCGAGGAGACAAAGCCGGCUGAGACAUCAGCGGCAGCAGCUGGGGAGGCGAAGCCAGCGGAUGCCGCGGCCGAGGAGGCCAAGCCACCUGAGGCACCAGCGGCAUCAGCCGAGGAGGCGAAGCCAGCCGAGGCACCAGCGGCAGCAGCGGAGGAGGCCGAGCCAGCCGAUGCCGCGACCGAGGAGGCGCAGCCGGCUGAGGCACCCUUGGCAUCAGCCGAGGAGGCGAAGCCGGCGGAGGCACCAGCGGCAGCCGCUGGGGAGGCGAAGCCAGCUGAGGCACCAGCGUCAGCCAAGGAGGCGAAGCCGGCUGAUGCACCAGCGGCGGCAGCCGAGGAGGCGAAGCCAGCCGAUGCCGCGGCCGAGGACGCGAAGCCAGCUGAUGCACCAGCGGCAUCAGCCGAGGACGCGAAGCCAGCUGAGGCGCCAGCGGCAGCCGAUGAGGCGAAAACGGCUGAGGCACCAGCGGCAGCCGUCGAGGAGGCGAAGCCAGCGGAUGCCGCGGCCGCCGAGGAGACGAAUCCGGCUGAGGCACCAGCGACAUCAGCCGAGGAGGCGAAGCCAGCUGAUGCGCCAGCGGCAGCCGAAGACGUGAAUCCAGCUGAGGCACCAGAGGCAGAAGCGGAGGAGGCGAAUCCAGACGAUGCCGCGGCCGAGGGCGCGAAGCUGGCUGAGGCACUAGCUGCGUCAGCCGAGGGCGCGAAGCCAGCUGAGGCGCCAGCAGCAGCCGACGAUGCAAAGCCAGAUGAGGCAACGCCGGCAGCCGCUCCGGAGGCGAAGCCAGCGAAUGCCGCGACCGAGGGCCUGAAGCUGGCUAAGGCACCAGCGGCAGCCGCUCCGGGCGCGAGGCCAGCCGAGGCGCCACCAGCUUUCGCCAAGGGCGCGAAGUCAGCCAAUGCCGCGGCCCGGGAGGCGAAGCCAGCUGAGGCACGGGCGGCAGCAGUGGAGGAGGCGGAGCCAGCCGAUGCCGCGGCCGAGGAGACGGAGCCGGCUGAGGCACCUGUGUCAGCCGCCGAGGAGGCGAAGCCAGCCGAGGCACCAGCGGCAGCCGAGGAGGCGAAACUGACUGAGGCACCAGCGUCAGCAGCUGAGGAGGCGAAGCCAGCAGAUGCCGCGGCCGAGGAGGCGAAGCCGGCUGAGGCAAUGGCGUCAGCCGCCGAGGAGGCGAAGCCAGCUGAGGCGCCAAAGUCAGCCGAGGUGGCGAAGCUUGCUGAGGCACCAGCGGCAGCAGCCGAGGAGGUGAAGCCAGCGGAUGCCGCGGCCGAUGAGACGAAGCCAGCUGAGGCACCAGCGGCAGCAGCCGAGGCCGCGAAGCCAGCUGAGGCACCAGCGUCUUCCUGGGAGGCAAAGCCGGCUGAGGCACUGGCGGCAGCAGCCGAGGAUGCGAAGCUAGCGGGUGCCGCGGCCGACGAGAUGAAGCCAGCUGAGGCACCAGCGGCAGCCGAGGAGGCGAAGCCGGCUGAGGCACCAGCGGCAGCUGCGGAGGCGAAGCCGGCUGAGGCACCAGCGGUACCAGCGGAGGACGCCAAGCCAGCGGAUGCCGCGGCGGAUGAGGCGAAGCCAGCUGAGGCACCAGCGGCAGCAGCCGAGGGCGCGAAGCCAGCUGAGAACGCGAAGCCAGACGAUGCCGCGGCCGAGGACGUGAAGCUGGCACAGGCACCAGCGUCAGCCGAUGAGGCAGAGCCAGCUGAGGCACCAGCGGCAGCCGAGGUGGCGCAGUCUGCUGAGGCACUAGCGGCAGUCGCCAAGCAGGCGAAGCCAGCGGAUGCCGCGGCCGAGGAGGCGAAGCCAGCUGAGGCACCAGCGGCAUCAGCCGGAGACGCGGAGCCAGCUGAGGCACCAGCGGCAGCAGCUGGGGAGGCCAAGCCAGCCGAGGCACCAGCGGCAGCUGCCGAGGAGGCGAAGCCAGCGGAUACUGCGGCCGAGGAGGCGAAGCCAGCUGGGGCACCAGCGGCAGCCGCUCCGGAGGCGAAGCCGGCUGAGCCAGCGGCAGCUGCCGAGGAAGCGAAGCCAACUGAUGCAUUGGCGGCAGCAGCCGAGGUGGCGAAGCCAGCUGAGGCACCAGCGUCAGCCGCCGAGGAGACCAAGCCGGCUGAGGCACCAGCGGCAGCAGCUGGGGAGGCGAAGCCAGCGGAUGCCGCGGCCCAGGAGGCGAAGCCACUUGAGGCACCAGCGGCAUCAACCGAGGAGGCGAAUCCAGCCGAGGCACCAGCGGCAGCAGCGGAGGAGGCCGAGCCAGCCGAUGCCGAGGAGGCGGAGCCGGCUGAGGCACCCUCGGCAUCAGCUGAGGAGGCGAAGCCAGUUGAGGCGCCAGCAGCAGCCGAGGAGGCGAAGCCCGCUGAGGCGCCAGCGGCAGCAGCCAAAGAGGCGAAGCCAGCAGAUGCCGCGGCCGAUGAGACGAGGCCAGCUGAGGCGAAGCCAGCUGAGGCACCAGCGGCAGCCGCCAAGGAUUCUGAGCCUGAGGCGGCAGCGGCCGAACAGGUCAAGGCGGAGGCCGCGCCAGUAGCGGCCAAGGACGAGGAGACGACGCUGGCCGAGGUCCCCGCGCCGGCAGCCGAGUGGACGAAACCCGCUAAGCACCCGGCUGCAGAGUCGCGGACGUCAAUGCGCAUGGCGCAGCUGACGCGAAAACGACGUCGCGGGCUUAGGUCACCGCGGCGGCAAGUCGCGACGGACCCCAUCGGCUAUCCAAAGAGGCCACGAGACCAGGCGCCCGCGCACCCCCACGCGCGGACGCGCCUCGGGGCCCAGAGGCAGAGCUCCGCCCUCGGCCUGAUCGUCAAGAAGCUGCGGUCCAGCAUUACGGCGGGGACGCUGAUGGUGCCGCGGGGGUCCUUGAAGUUCAUGUUCGGCACGAUGAAGAUGUUGAGCUCCUGCUGCUCAAUGUGCACGCGGCGGCGCGACAUGUCACAAAUUUCGGCAAUCUCGAACACCCUGAUCCACAAUGUCUCGCUGGAGUGGUUCUCGUUCUCUACGCUAUCGUACCCGAAAAUGUCGGCCUCCACGGCAGCCCCGAACUCGAUCCCAUUGAGGAUGUACUGCUUGAUGGGUUCGCUGCCGAACUGCGCGCUCUCUGCAAUCAGCUUCAAUACGGUGGGCACCGCGUACCUGAGAACCUCGAACAUCGCAUCGCCAAAGGCUCUCGUAGCUGGAGAGGCCGCCGUCGAAGGCUGGCGGUCAGCGCGGCGACCGGGUCCGACGACGUCGAGGCCGAGCUGCGCCGCCAGCCUGGCCGAGCAGGCGUCGUGCCUGCCCAUCAUGCAGAACUUGCAGCGCCUUGCGGUCACGUGCUCCAGUAUCCGGAAUGAAGAUCUUCAUGGCCCCGGACGUCAGGCAGUCCAGGUCGCGCUGAUUCUGAUGGGCGCGUGGUAUUGCAAGGCGAUCUGCGAUGCCACCUCCGCAGUGCGGCGGGAGCCUAUGGCGAUCUUCACCACAUCGGCAGUGCCGCGCUUGGCAUACGCAGCUGUGUGUCGGGACGGGGGGUGA